AUGAACCGACCACUGCAGGACCCAGCGGAGCAAUAUUCUUUCUUGGAACAAACUGGCCGCACUGAGAGCCUUGCGGAGCCGGUGGCCCAUGCCCUGACUGGACAAGGCACUUUUCUGGACUUCCAUAAGCAGAAACUCAGAGAACUCAAAGACUGCAACCGGACGCUGGUGGCUACGAUCACUCAGAUCUCACAGCAGGUCGCGGAGAUCACCUCCUCUGUCAGGACGAUGGUUGCAUCCCGGGCUCCGGCUGCUCCUGCAAGUGCACUUCUCGAGUGUAUCGGCAAUUUGCAGGCUAGCCACAACCCCGACACCAGCCCCAGCUUCCUGGCAGUCCCAGCUACCAGCCCCAGCAGCCUGGCAAGUCCUGCCACCAGUCCCAGCAGUCUGGUGAGCCCAGCCACCACUCUCAGCAGCCCAGUAAGUCCAGCCACCAGUCUCAGCAGUCCAGUAAGUCCAGCCACCAGUCUCAGCAGUCCAGUAAGUCCAGCCACCAGCCUCAGCAGUCCACAAGCCCAGUUCCCCGUGUUCAACUGGCUGACCCGGUCCCAGUCCCUGUCCCAGUUCCCAGAGUCCAACUGGCUGCUCCUGUCCCAAUUCCCCGAGCCGGACCGGCUGCCCCGGUACCAGUCCCUGUUCCCGUACCAGUUCCUCGUGCCCGUCUGGCUGUCCCGGCCCCAGUCCCUGUCAAAGUUCCCCGAGUCCACGCCGCCGCUGCCCGGCGGCCCCGAGUCCACGCCGCCGCUGCCGCUGCCCGGCGGUCCCGAGUCCGCGCUGCCGCUGCCCGGCGGUCCCGAGUCCACGCUGCAGGACUUCAUGGUUGGCCUGCAGUCUGGUGCCGCCCGCACUGCCGCCAUCCAGGGAGGUUCCGCCUUGGCUGCCAGCGCUCCGGCCGUCCGCCGGAGCACCGCCCCGUGCUUGGUUCCCGGCGCCCUGGCCGUCCGCCCGAGCACCGCCCCGUGCUUGGUUCUUCACGCCCUGGCCGUCCGCCUGAGCACCACCCCGUCCUUGGUUCUUCACGCCUUGGCCGUCCGCCCAAGCACCGCCCCGUCCUUGGUUCUUCGCAGCCUGGCCGUCCGCCCGAGCAUCGCCCCGCCCAUGGUCAUCUGCCCUCUGGCCUUCCACCAGAGUCCAGCUCUGAGCCCUGUUUUGGCCUCCUCCUCCCCCCAUCUUAUGACGGCCAUCCAUCCCCGUGCCCCUGAUACUGUUUUUGGGACGUCAGGAGCCGUCCCUUGAGGGGGGGGUUCUGUCAUGGUUUUGGGUUGCUUGUGUUUUGUUUGGUUCUGUUUCAUGUGUGUUUCUGUCAUGGUUUUGUUUCUUGUGUUUUGUUUGA